CGGUAAUGUGGGGCUUUUUUAAAAAGUGUGAAAAGAAGACAGUUCCUUGGCUAUUUGAAAAAAAAUGUUUCAAGCUGUUUCUAACGCGAUUUUUGUUUUUAUCUACGAGAGAAAAACGCGUCAAAAUGGGAAUUUUGGUCCUACAAAGAAGCUGCUGUAACAACCAGACACCAGAAACACCGUUGGAGUGGAGUCGUUACGUUCUUUGACCCUCAGAGCCCGGGAAACAUCAGCAAACGACGGCUCCUGGCGUUUAAAGAAGAGAAGCAAAGAAGCAUGAGUUUGGACCAGAAAGAACUAAGCGCCCCCAUAUUAAAGAAGAAGCAGAGGUGUCUGUCAAACAGGAGGAGGAAGACGUUAUUGCUGUGACUGAAAGGCCUGACAUGUUGCCGUUUCACCAGUGUCUCAAAGAGGAGAAAGGAGAGCAUGGAGAUCCAGAUUCAGCAGUUCCAGUCUAAUGGACACGUUGGACCAGAUGACCCACAAGUGUUCUUUAUUAAGGAAGAAGUUACUUUUUAAGCCAAUGGAUUUGCAACAUACUCUGGACCAGGAGGAAUUUGAACAAGUCUACGUUAAAGAGGAGAAGGAGGAUGAUAUCGCAGUGACUGUAAAAAGUGAGGAGGAUGAAAAUAGUCCUCCGUCCUUACAGUUGAACCUGAACAAAGAAGACACCGUGGAAGAGCAAUCAUCGGGGAGUACUGGACAAGAUGAAUGUUCUGUACCAGAUGACGUGCAUAUAUUGGAAAUUAAAGAAGAGGCUUUCCCAGAGCAGAUAGAUUGGAGACCUAGGGAGGACGAGACGGAACCACACGUCAAGGAAGAAGAGGAAGAAAUUUGCAUUAAACGAGAAGAGGACGGUAUCACAACUGACACCGAUAAUAGUGAGGAAGAUGAAGAAAAUCUUAUGUCCACGCGAUUAUAUUAUCAAAGCAUAACUGUUGAGGAUAAUGUGGACUGUGAAGAAGGACCGAACCAAGCUAGGAAUUCAUACCUACAUUUUAAUGAUGAUUUGAAGGAAACCAAUGAGUCGUCAAGUUCAACGACCCUCAAAGCAUUUUCAGUUUCCAAUGGUGCUAGACGUAGCUCAGCUGAACAGCGGUUUAGUUGUUCGGAAUGCGGUAAGAAAUUUACCUACGAGUCAAAUCUGUUGAUACACGAGGUAACGCAUACUGGAGAGAGACCAUUUAGCUGCCUCGAAUGUGGGAAAAGAUUUUCCACCAAGUCAAAUCUGCUGACACACACGAAGAGUCAUACUGGAGAAAAACCAUUUAAAUGCUUUGAGUGCGGGAAAAGAUUCACCGCCAAAAGUAGCCUUAUAACACACAAGAAGCUUCACACCGGAGAGAAACCAUUCAGUUGUUCUGAAUGUGGAAAAAGUUUUGGUCAAAUUGGAGGUUUAAGAACACAUGAGAAAGUUCAUACAGGAGAGACACCAUUCAUUUGCUCCUACUGUGGGAGAGGAUUCUCUCGAAAGGAUAAUUUGAAGUCACAUGAGAGAAUUCAUACCGGAGAGAGACCAUACAGUUGCUUCAAGUGUGGGAAAUGUUUUAGGAAACGGAAUGACCUGAUGAUUCAUUUGAAACGUCAUUCAGGAGAAAAACCGUAUAAUUGCCUUGAGUGUGGGAAAACAUUUAUCCUGAAGAGAAAUCUCACUUUACAUGCAAAAAUUCAUAAAAAAGAAAAAGCAUUUAGUUGUUCGGAAUGUGGGGAACUUUUUAUUCAAAAGAAAAGUCUAAUUGCACAUGAGAAAAAUCAUAAAAAAAGGAAACCGUUUUGUUGCUCACAGUGUGGGCUACGAUUUGAAAGAAAGAAUGAGUUGGUGGAGCAUGUGAGCGUUCAUACAGGAAGUACCUUUUGUUGCACUGAUUGUGGUGAAACAUUCGCAAAUGACAGCAGUCUGAAUGCUCAUGUGAAAAUUCAUACUGCAAAGAAACCUUUUAGUUGUCCCGAGUGUGAUAAAUCAUUUAGCCAUCAGAGCAACUUAAAUAGACAUGUGAAAAUUCAUACUGGUGAGAAACCAUUCAGUUGCUCAGACUGCAAAAAAAGAUUUUUUUGCAAGAGCAAUCUGAGGCUGCAUGAGCAGACUCAUUUAGGAGAAAAACCAUUUAGCUGCCCAGACUGUGGGAAAAGAUUUAGUCAGAAGAGUAACCUAAAAACACAUGCAAAUACACAUUUAACCGAGAAACCAUUUGUCUGCUUUGUAUGUGGCAAAAGAUUUACAAUCAAGAGCAGUCUGAGGUUACAUGAGAAGAUUCAUUCAGGAGACAAACCAUUUAGUUGCUUAGAGUGCGGAAAAACAUUCAUUCAAAAAAGUAGCUUAAGGUCACAUGAGCGAAUUCAUUCAGGUGAGAAACCUUUCAGUUGUUCUGAUUGUGGUAAAACAUUUCGUCACAGGAGUGGCCUAAGAGCACAUGAGAGGCAGAAUUCAGGAGAAAAGUCUUGCAAAACUGGUCUAUGACCAACAUUUGCCUAUUUAAUUAUUUAACAUUUUAACAAAGGAACAGUAUAACUGAAUAUUUUAAAUGUGCUGUAAAACAUUUGCUACCUUCAAGGGAUCAUUUGAAUUACAUUUUAUCGUUUGUAUAUUUAUCUGAUCGGGGUAAUUAUAUGUCAUUGCAGUUUUUGAAUUCCUGCAUUCUAGGACUGUAUAUGUUAGCUUCCCUCCACAGUACAAUUCAAUUCUGCUAAAACGAAAUGACUCCAGUACAACUGCACAUCUUGAACAUAGAGUCUGCAUCCCUGUCCUUUUUUUUAGCAUGUACCCGACAUACACGGUAUUGCUAUUUUGUGUUUCUUUCUCUGAAAUUAAGAUACACAUCUGGUAAAAAAACACUAUUUGUUUUAUUAAAACAAGAAAAAGAAAAGAGCAGUGAAGAUUGUUCUGUUGAUCUUUUCAAAAGAAUUUGUAAAUGGGACAUGUUCCACAGCACCGUAUCGUACACUGUUAACAACAUUAGCCAUAAGCACUCCUCCUAACUCCUUGCUUGUUGUGAUCCCGUCAAGGGUUUUCAAAUUGGGUGAAUGUGAGCCUCCCCUAUAGAGUGGGUAAAAACAGCGGAGCUCCUCCUUUCCCAAAAUCCUGUCCACCUGCCAUAACCCACACACACCUCUGCAGUAAAUGCACUUUCUGUGUGCUCCUGGCAAUGAUCAGUUUCAACAACAACCGAUAGAAUGUAUUUGAAAACGUUUUAUUUUCACAACUUUUAAAAAAGGGCAUUCAUAAAUGAUUAUUUGUACUUCAUGCAUGCAACUUCAUUCAGGCAUUCUUGUGACUCUAUGGCGCCCCCCAGGGGAGGCGGGCCUCACCUUAUAACUUUUUUUCAUUAUGGCAGCCUCUGUUCUUCACUCCAAGCCAUAAGCCUGGUAAUCUGAAGUGCCUCGAAUAUUUUGUUUUUCCAAAGGCUUAACUUCUGAAUAAUUUAAGGCAGUUUUAGUCACUUGUGAAUGUGAUCACAUGCAACCUAAA